ACCCCAACUUUUUUUUUUUUUUAAUCGCACAUUGAACAAACACUGAAGUAGCUCGGAGCAGACACUGACAGGGACAGUAUCUCCACCGCUGAGAAGGGCGUGCAGGGCCGGCCCGGAGUCGCCACCGCCCGGAUCGCCCGGCCCCUGCCGAGGAGCAUUUUCCAUUCUUUCGAACUCCCCUUUUUUUGUCUUCCAUUGCUUGGUGAGGAAAUCAUUUCUGAACUUUUUUGCUUUUAAAGCCAUCUUGUUCCUACUAGGUCUGCGUGCCUGGGCCAUGUAGUCUGCACAGGACCCGGGAAUCCGAGAAAUUGCAGCGGCGCUGUUGUUUACGGCCCUUUGGGCGGGGGCUGAGCCCGCGGUCUUGCCCCCCGCCCGCCGCCCUGGCCAUGCCACUCCAUCUGCGCGCGGAGCCGCGGCCGCCGGGCCUGCGAGGCUGAGCCGGGAGCCGCGGGAGGAGGAGGCGCCGGUGGCGGAGCCGGAGCGGGAGCCGCGGCGGCGGGCAGCGCGGCGGACCCAGUACUAUGGCUAUGUACUGCUAUGCACUCAACAGCCUGGUGAUCAUGAAUAGCGCCAACCAGGUGAAGAGCGGCGGCGGCCCCCGGCCCAGCGGCACCGAGACGCCCCCGCCGCCGGGGAGGGCCGCGUUGAGCCCCGGCAGCGUUUUCAGCCCCGGGAGAGGCGCCUCUUUCCUCUUCCCCCCAGCCGAGUCGUUGUCGCCUGAGGAGCCCGGGAGCCCCGGGGGCUGGCGGAGCGGCCGGCGCAGGCUGAAUAGUAGCAGCGGCAGCGGCAGCAGCGUGGGCAGCCCUAGUUGGGCGGGUCGCCUGAGAGAGGACGGGCAGCAGGUGGUGACCGCCGGUACCCUCUCCCCUCCGGGGCCGGAGGAAGCCAAGAGGAAGCUGCGAAUCCUGCAGCGCGAGUUGCAGAACGUGCAGGUGAACCAGAAGGUGGGCAUGUUCGAGGCGCACAUCCAGGCACAGAGCUCCGCCAUCCAAGCGCCCCGCAGCCCGCGUUUGGGCAGGGCUCGUUCGCCCUCCCCGUGCCCCUUCCGCAGCAGCAGUCAGCCCCCAGGAAGGGUCCUAGCUCAGAGCGAGGAACGAAGGACAAAGUCCUGGGGGGAGCAAUGUCUAGAGACUUCAGAGGCCGACUCCGGGAGGAGCGGAGGGGCGCCCAGCCCAUGCCUUUCGAAGGACAAGGAAGGAGUGGCACCUGUCCCCGGCCCGGCUGCCCGGUCGGGAUCAGGGGCUCAGGGUCCAGCCGCUUCGGCGAGAAUGGAGAAGGGAGUCCCUGCCAGACUCCACUGUGGCUCACCCGUAGCUAUGGAAAUUGACAAGAGGGUCUCGCCUCCUUUGGGAACUCGGAGCUGUCAAGCCCCACCUUUGGAACUGGUGGGAAAGAACUUAGUGAUGACCACAGAAGUGGCAGCGAGAGCCACAUCCACUGGACCACACCGUCCACACGACCCUGCCCUCAUUGAGCGGUCUGAGAGGGCCCGCGCGCUUGGGGGUGUGCACCCCGGGGAGGCCUUGGUGGAGACGCAGUCUCUGGGCAGUGAGACAAGCCUGGCCCCAGAGAGGGGCGGUCCCCGCAGUGGAGAGCCCCCUGGAAAAGUGGAGAAAGGAAAACUGCCCCGUGGCGUGCCAGGCUCCGGGGCGUCUGAAGCGGACGAGAGGCCAGAGGAGAGGACUGUGAACGCGCAAAUGUCGGAGCCGUCGGAGGCCCCGACCUGGUUCAGGCCACCCGGAGACCUGGGCUUGGUAGGCCCCGAGGUAGCCCCGAGUGGGGCCCUGGUGGUCAGGGAGCCUCGGCAGCGCUCUAACAGAGUGGAUGAAGGGUCUCCCAUGCUGGGCUUGCGUGGGGGCAGCAGCUCAGCACAGCCAGGGAUCCGGGAGGUGGAGGCAGGAAUACUCUGUGGCGGAAAGCUGGAGCCUUUGCCCUGUUGGCCAUCGACAAAAGAUCUGAAAGAACCUCCGUGCCUUCCUGGGGACAGGGCUGGUGUGCAGCCUGGGAGCUCCAGGGCUUGGCUGGGCCCCAUGGAGGAAACCAGUCUGGCCUGGACGUGUGGCACAGGGGUACAACCCGAGGGGACUUGGGGAAGCCAGCCGCAGGACAGAGACGCCCACCCCAGCCCAGAGUUGCUCUCCACAGAGCAGAAGGACAAGACUUCCCUGAGAGAGGCCUGCAGCCCGGGCAAUAUUCCUGCCGUCAUCAUCACAGACAUGGGUGCCCAGGAGGACGGGACCUUGGAGGAGGCGCAGGGAAGCCCUCGGGGCAGCCUGCCCCUGAGGAAACUGUCCUCUUCCUCUGCCUCCUCCACCGGCUUCUCCUCCUCCUAUGAGGACUCGGAGGAGGACAUCUCCAGUGACCCUGAGCGCUGCCUGGACCCCAACUCCGCCUUCCUGCAUACCCUGGACCAGCAGAAGCCCAGAGUGAGCAAGUCAUGGAGAAAAAUAAAAAACAUGGUGCACUGGUCUCCCUUCGUCAUGUCCUUCAAGAAGAAGUACCCCUGGAUCCAGCUGGCGGGACACGCAGGGAGUUUCAAGGCGGCUGCCAACGGCAGGAUCCUGAAGAAGCACUGUGAAUCAGAGCAGCGCUGCCUGGACCGGCUGAUGGCCGACGUGCUGAAGCCCUUUGUCCCCGCCUACCACGGGGACGUGGUGAAGGACGGCGAGCGCUACAACCAGAUGGACGACCUGCUGGCCGACUUCGACUCGCCUUGCGUCAUGGACUGCAAGAUGGGCAUCAGGACCUACCUGGAGGAAGAGCUCACCAAGGCCCGGAAGAAGCCCAGCCUCCGGAAGGACAUGUACCAGAAGAUGAUUGAGGUGGACCCCGAGGCCCCGACCGAGGAGGAGAAAGCCCAGCGGGCCGUGACCAAGCCGCGGUACAUGCAGUGGAGGGAGACCAUCAGCUCCACGGCCACCCUCGGGUUCAGGAUCGAGGGCAUCAAGAAGGAAGACGGCUCCGUGAACCGGGACUUCAAGAAGACCAAAACGCGGGAGCAGGUCACCGAGGCCUUCAGAGAAUUCACUAAAGGCAACCAUAAUGUCCUGGUCGCCUACCGGGACCGGCUGAAGGACAUCCGGGCCACUCUAGAAGUUUCUCCCUUCUUCAAGUGCCACGAGGUCAUCGGCAGCUCGCUCCUCUUCAUCCACGACAAGAAGGAACAGGCCAAGGUGUGGAUGAUCGACUUUGGGAAAACCACACCUCUGCCCGAGGGCCAGACCCUGCAGCACGACGUCCCCUGGCAGGAAGGGAACCGGGAGGACGGCUACCUCUCCGGCCUGAACAACCUCAUCGACAUCCUGACGGAAAUGUGCUCGGGCACCCCACCGCCCUGAGGCCGCCCCGCGCCCCACCUCGCCGCCGCUCCCGGCCUUUCUCCCUCCCUUUGCUUCCCUCUCCUCCUGAAUGUUCCCUUCCCUUCCCCCGGGUGCCCCAGAACUGACCCUCGGAACUGCACUACGAGACACUUUGUAGACGAGGAGAUGCAAUGAGAUUUCUGGUUGUUCUCCUGAUUGGAGGGCUUGGGGCUGGGCUCCCACUUCUCUCUGUAGACAGGAUCUCCUGCUAGGAGAGAAAUGCCCAGACCCCAGACCGCAGGCCCGGCUGCCCACAGUGGAGGUCAGUUGGGUUCAGACCUGGAGGGAAGCCCCGGUGGCCGUGGGGGCCUGCUGCCCCCUGGUGGCCGGUGCCGUUAGCGCCGCUGCCAAGCCCUGCUGGUUUCUGCACCAUCCUCCCGGUGGUGGGGGCUGUAAGAGCCCCAUGUUUCAACAGGUGCCUGGUAGUUGGGGCAGAAAACCACUGGGAGCCGCCUGUCAGCCAUGAAUAAAGUACCCUCGCUUAGCAGCGCAGGGACUCCCAGAGACACCGUGGCGGCCUUUGUAGGCCUGCUGAGGGAGGCGCCCCACCCAUCUGGUAUUGAAACCCUCCAGCUUUGGGGCAGACCGGGAGCCAGGAGCAGGCCAAUCCUACUUGGCUGUGCGCUCUGACGCAGGCCUUCCCCAGAGGGGGCGGCCGGGAGCUGUGUUCUUCCGUCUGUGAUUAUGGCCCAUGAAUUCUGGGGGCCAUGCUGCAAACCUGGGCUCCCCGGGUGCCAGCCAACCCCCAGAGCCACUUGUGUCUCCCACUGCCCGCCUUGCUCUGGCAGGGUCCAGAGUGCUGGGUGGGAGCUGAUCAGGGCAUAGGCAGCCCCUAGGGGAAGGAAGACGACCCUGCAGAGGACGCGCCUCUCGUGUCCCCUCCCCUCCCCGCCUCCCUGCUGCCCAUCUAUGGCCCUGCCUGCGGUCUUUUAUGAGGUCCAGUGUCCCUAGUACUUACGGGGCAGGGCUUUAGGCCAGCACUGGGCAUGGAGGAGGCAGGAGGCUGGCUUACUGGCAUCGUUUUUUUUCCCCUCUGAAAUUAGUCUUAUGACCUGAAGGGCUUAGACCCAUGUUUCCCAAAAGUGGUGUGGACAGCUUCCAGGGUAUGUGCUGGAUGCCAGGGGGUGUUCCAGGCAUUUCUCCAGGAGUCUCUAGGUGGCUUGAAGAUUCGUGGGGAACCAGUUGUAAGCCUUAUUUUAGUUGUAAAGCAAGUAAGUCUCAAUUAUUGAGAAGAAUGUAAAAUUUGUUUUUCAGACUUUUUAAGAACAAGACUCUGGCUCUGUGGGCAUUUGGAGCUGUCGCCCCAGGUGCCCUCCUCUGCUGUUGGAGGUACAGGAGCGCUGAGAGUUGAGGGGCUCUGGCUGGCCCCAGGCCAGUUGCUCUGCAGGGAGCUGCUUCAGGGACACAGUGGAGGUAGUGUGUACCCAUGGGUGUGCCAGGAGGGACAGGUCCAGAGAGAGGGCUUCCUGGGCCACACGCCCCCAUCACCCCAGGGUCUCUGGGGGAACUGUCAACUCUCCCAUGUGACAUGUACGUUUCCCCUUUCAUGCUGGGUGAGUGACGGUUGGUGGGGGUGGAGGGUGGGACACAUGAGGAUGUAUAAGUACAGAUUUUAAAAAAGGAAAUCACUUUCAAACUUCCUGGCUCUUGUUCAAAACAGUGGUGAGCUCCUGUGUGGGCUGACUUGCUAAAGGUCACACCCCACCCCGGCUGAGCACGAGAGACCUUGUGACAGCACGUGAUCCUGGGAGGCAAGAGCCUCAAAGCCAGCUCCGGUGAGGGGUCUGUAGUCGCUUGUGGGUUAGAAGGGACCCCAGUGGUCCGUGCUUCAGCCACUGCGGGGAAGGGACAUCAUUAAUUUGGACGUAAAGAUUCUACAACUGUGGGCUGGCCAAAAAUUACCCUCAUUCUAUCUAUGAAAAAUGUUUGUGAAAGCAAAUGAAUGCUAUGAACAAAAAUUACAGGGACCAGCGUCACCUACUCAAGAGAACAAACUUUCUGAGCACUUUAGGCAGACACUAGCUGUUUGCAGAUAAUGUGCUAAUAUGCAAGUGAUUUGUUUAUUAAAGGAGGCCCAUGGGGCCUCUGAUUGGCAAUACUUUGCUUUGGGUUACAUUAUAUAAGUGAAAGUGGUAUAAAGUGGCAUGUUCUUAGGGUUAUUCUAUUUUGUAGGGGUUUGGGGGUUUUGGAAUUUACAUGCUGGUUCUCCUCGUCCGCACCUGCUCUGUCUCUCAACCCAUUCUCCCCUUUGUCCUUCCACCCCCUUGUCCUAGUGGCAUAAAUGGAUCCUGGAAUGGAAUUUUCCAGAACCCCUGCCCAGGUGGUCUGAAAGACCUUCCCCACCCAGCCCCGGUCCAGGCAGGGACUCCUGGGUCCUGGCCGUGCAGGUGGCAGGAGGGUGGGACACCUUUGCGCCCCUCCUGUUCUUGCAGGCCCUGGGG